AUAGCCCGCAUGGUGACGUCUCCUUCCACUCCUGCAUGCCUCCCAACCCAGGCCCAGUCAAAACAAGUUCCAGCGAUUUUUUCCUUCUUUAUAAAAUGUCCAGGAAGCUCAUUAUAACAUUUCUGGUGAUUUUGUGUGCACAAGCUAUCGGCUGGACUCAAAGCAUACACAUCAGAGUGUCCAAGUUCCCUGUUCUAAUAACAUUCAUUUGGGACAACACAACAUCUGCAAUAGAUGUAUUUCAUAGGUCUGACCACAAAAAGAUCGCUGUGUGCAGUAUAAAGUUUGAUAACGAAACAAGGUGCAGUCUAACAAAAGACGAACUAUCCAAGGACUAUGCUGUUUUUGGAGAGCUUAAAAGAACAUACCUUGUGAUUGAAGAAAUGAAAGAAGAAUUAGAAGGACUUUAUUUAUUUAAAGACGCACAUAAUAAAAUAAUUAAUUUCAACAUCACUGUACAACCACAUUUACAAAAUUUCACGGCACAACCUAAGUUCACGGCGCAGCCAAAUUCCACGGCAAGAGGGGAGACAAAAGACAAUAGAAGUGCUUCGCAUACAUACAAUGACAAAAGUGCGGAAGUGUGGAAAACCAUAGCUAUCAUUCUGUUGGUCAUCCUGGUGGUCAUCCUUGUAGGAGGAGGGUGCUACAUCAGAACAAUGAAGAAGCAGAUAGAAGCAACUCAGAGGGCAGCAAGGAUUGUGACUUCAAGGAAUCUGACUCAAGGGCUUGGGACGGGUAUCCAAGAGUCAAGCUGUGGUCUUGGGACAAUGACUACCUCGCAGAACACAAGGAAAGAUGAUGUUUAUCUAGAGCUUGAUGCAAGUAAAGAGGCAGAUGAGAAAUUUAGCCUCCUGGAAUCAAACAAAGAUGCUGAUCAUGCUGUAUCAUUAAAAGCAGGGGGGGACCCAGAUUUGGCUGUGUGACGUGAAGGAGAACAUGAGGAGCAAGAAGAUCAGGUGUGGUAGACAAAAUCAAGCCAAAUCACAUCAAUAGGGCAUUAAGCAACACUUUGACUCAAGGCAAUUUUCACCGUUUUGGACUAUUGUGUUUGCUACUUGUAUGGAUACCUUUGUGUCAGCUUUGGGUAGAGUUAUGAGUAUGUACUUGGACAUGAUAAAAUUUGCAUUAUUGUUUUCAAAUUUGUGUUUUAUGGAAAUAAAUAUUGUCACUUU